GUUUUAAACCGACCAAUGAGCGAUUUAUCAUCUUUGUUUGCGGAAGUGGAGCUGCUAUCCUCCAGGCAAGUUUCGAGAGCAAAUUUGAAUAUGAGUACCUGUUCACUGGAGCAUCCCAACGGGCAGGAGGCCGACUCUGUCCCCGCCAAGAGGCUCUGCAAGGGGGAGUGCGCGCAGGAUGGGUCGGUCGGAGGUGGAGGGGGGAAGGCAAGCAGGGCCGUGGAGGUGUCUAUAGUCAUACCAGUGCAUAACGCCUCCUGCUGGCUGGAUGAGUGUCUGCAGGGGAUUGUGGACCAGGACUACACUGGCUCUAUGGAGCUGUCUGUCUACGAUGACGCCAGCAUGGAUGGUUCCAGAGCGAUAGUGGAGGGAUGGAGGGAGAGGCUGGAAAGGAGAGGUGUUUCCAUGGUGAUCUCUGGCCACGACUCCGCCCAACCCAGGGGAGUGGGUCAUGCCAAGAACCAGGCUGUGUCUCAGAGCUCAGGAAAGUACCUCUGCUUUCAGGACGCUGAUGAUGUGAUGAUGCCUCACCGAAUACAUCUCCAAUACGAGGCCUGCCUCUUCAACUCUACCUCUGCUUCAGCAAGGGCAUUGAAGAGGAAACGUGGCUGGGUCUUUCAGCAUGACAAUGAUCCCAAACACACCGCCCAGGCAAAGAAGGAGUGGUUUCGUAAGAAGCAUUUCAAGGUCCUGGAGUGUCCUAGCCAGUCUCCAGAUCUCAACCCCAUAGAAAAUCUUUGGAGGGAGUUGAAAGUCCGUGUUGCCCAGCAACAGCCCCAAAACAUCACUGCUCUAGAGGAGAUCUGCAUGGAGGAAUGGGCCAAAAUACCAGCAAUAGUGUGUGAAAACCUUGUGAAGACUUACAGAAAACGUUUGACCUCUGUCAUUGCCAACAAAGAGUAUAUAACAAAGUAUUACAGACUCCGACAGGGAGAGGUUGAAAAUGUCAGUGAAGACACUUGCCAGUUCAUCCGCGCAUGCCUCGAGCACACGUCCUGGUAAUCCGUCUGGCCACGCGGCUUUGUGAAUGUUGACCUGUUUAUAAGUCUUGCUCACAUUGGCUACGGAGAGCUUGAUCACACAGUCGUCCGGAACAGCUGGUGUUCUCAUGCAUGCUUAAGUGUUG